UGCUUGCCUGCAACUUCAUUUUACAACCCGCCCAAAAAAAUCCCCCACGUUCGCCAAUUUUUACCCUCCUACACCACAAUAUCUCUUCGAGGAUCGCUCUGACAGCAACUUGAAAACCCAACAAGCAAAAUGUCGGACGUAGAAGAGAACAACGCUCCCGAAGUCGCCGAGGAGGUCGAAGUCUCCGCCGAUGCCGCCUCCAAGGGUCAGAUGUCCGUCCUGGACGCCCUCAAGGGUGUGCUGAAGCUCGCUCUCAUGCACGACGGUCUUGCCCGUGGCCUGCGUGAGGCUAGCAAGGCCCUCGACCGCCGUCAGGCUCACAUGUGUGUCCUGAACGAGGCCUGCGAGGAGGAUGCCUACAAGAAGCUCGUCAUUGCUCUCUGCUCCGAGCACAAGAUCCCCCUGAUCAAGGUUCCCGACGGAAAGCAGCUCGGCGAGUGGGCCGGUCUCUGCGUCCUCGACCGUGAGGGCAACGCCCGCAAGGUUGUCAACUGCUCUUGCGUCGUCGUCAAGGACUGGGGUGAGGAGUCGCAGGAGCGCUCCAUCCUGCUCAACUACUUCCAGACCGAGCAAUAAACAUGUCAUAUCGAUUGGGGCAGGGCGUUUACCAUUCGGGCGGGUUAUAGAUGAGGCAUCGGGGCUAUUUCAUGGUCGCGUCCACAACAACUUUAUCGGAUGUACGACAGGCUUCGACGGUUGGCAUGGUUCGGAUAUGGAACAAUUGAGAUAUGGAAACCCUACGUACGGAUCCAAAAAAAUAGGGAAAUCGAGCACAAGGCCUCCACGGCUCUUCGUCAACUCUGUCCUCAAUGUUGUCCCGUGAUUCUUGUGUCUGCCUGUUGUUGACGUGACGUUUUCAAUGGAGAACGGCAUGUUGGAGGUCCGCCAGCUCCAUACUCGAGUGCUCUCCCCAGCCCAACUAAUGUGAUGACAUGGACCCAGAAAGAAGAGAGCAUCUCAACGGAAUCUUCCAGGGUUAUAUAGCUGAUUGCUAGGCGCGCAUCAC